AUGGAAGAUGCUGACGCAGUUUCUGAUGUAUCCAGACUAUCCAUCGAUGCAAAUAUUCGUUUACUACCAAAAUCGACCGAGAAACUGGUUGGUUUUGCCGUUAGAAAUAAAGCUGCAAUUGGUCUAAUAUUUUUCUGCGGCAUAUGUUCACUUCUUUUACGAGAUCCAGUGCAACUUACCUGUUCCCAUCGCUUUUGUAAGUCAUGUGUCGAACCAGUUGACGGGGAAACAAUAAGAUGCACACAUUGCCAUACAGAAGUUCCAAAGGAAACGGUAUUUUCUGACAAGGGAUUUAAAAAUGAUAUGUCAGGGCUGGAAAUAGAAUGUUACCAUUGCGACUGGCAAGGAAUAUAUAAAGAUUAUGAGACUCAUUUGGAAGAAAACCAUUCGGAUAUUUUAUGUGAAAGUUGUGGUGAACGUUUCACGUCGGCAAACAGUCUAGUACUGCACGAACAAAAUGAUUGUGAAAAAACCAUUGUUGCUUGCCCUCUAAAAGAAUUCGGUUGUUCAGAUAGAGUAGAGCGAGCUCAUAUUCAUGACCAUUAUCUCACUCAACAGCAUCAAAAUGCAAUACUUGCCGCUGCUCGUCAAUUGAAAGCUAAAUUAGCACCUAAUCAAAUAUCAGAUGAUAUGGAAAUGGAAACAUACGUACAUGAUGGGACAGCUCAUUCAACCACGACAACUAAUAACGCAAUGUCUCAACUACCAGAAUUAAACGAAGUAGUUGGCGUUUUGGUAGAUGGAGUGCAAGUAUUGGUUGAGCAUACGCGUGAUCUGAGUAUGGAAUCAGUGAGAAUAGAAAAUCAAGUGGAAAACUUACACGAAGAGCUCGAAACACUUAAAGUGAGCGUUCCAGAGCAAAGCAUAUUUUUGAGCGGAUUAAAACCGAAUCAAGAGAUACUCGCUCAAGAAGUGGCAUCUCUCAAGCAACAUAUCGAUGAAUUUCAAUACACUUCUUAUGAUGGAUCGCUGAUCUGGAAAAUAACAGAUGUUUCCAAAAAAAUAAGUGACGCUCAGGGUGAACGACAAACAUCGAUAUAUUCUCCGAUAUUCUACUCAUCUCCCAAUGGAUAUAAGAUAAGAGCUCGUUUAUACCCUUAUGGAGAUGGGAAUGCUCGUCGCACUCAUUUGUCCGUCUUCUUUGUUUUGAUGCGUGGGAGAUUCGACCAUCUAUUAGCGUUUCCCUUUCAGCACAAAGUGAUCUUUUGCCUAUACGAUCAGACACCUACACAACGUCAUCUGAUCGAUUGUUUUCGACCUGAUGUCAAAUCAAAUAGUUUUCAAAGGCCACGAUCUGAGAUGAACAUCGCCAGUGGCAUUCCGAAGUUUUGCCCCUUGGCCAUCAUUCAACAGGAGAAUAAUCCGUACGUUCGCAAUGACACUAUGUUUAUCAAAAUUAUGAUCGAUUUCGAAGAGUUGCCGAAAAGAGUUUUGCCAUAUGCGCUAAGUCUCGAUCCUGGAUUACCAGCGCAUAUUCGACAACGGUUGAUUCGUCAAGAAACAGAACGACAAGCACAACAAAACAAUAACACAACAUAA